GAGAUAAGAUAAGAUCUCAGGCACCUCUGAACCCAUUCGCUUGUACUUGCUUCCCAACCGAGCUCGUCGUUCUCCACCCACCUACGCUGAUGAAGGAUGGCACCUGUUCGAUGACGAGUAAGCUACAUAAUUCCACCGCCCUCGGAACCAGUCCCCAGGUUAUGGCUCUGCUCAUCCCCUUCCGACAUGAGCAUAAACAACCGAACGAGCCUUGGCCCAAGUGGGGACAGCAUCCGCGACACUGACUUGGUGUGUGUUGCCUUGCGCUCGACACCGCCACACAGCCCGUCGGGUGUAGCACACCCGAAGGCAUCCUCUACAGCGGUGGACGCGAUGGAAUGGGCAUCUCCUGGGACUUGGACAUCCCAAUGAAGAAGCGCGCUCAGCGGUACGGAAUCAGCGACAAUUUCAUGCAAAGGAACUUUGGCAGAUGGGAGACCAUGACCGGCUGGGCAGACGAUGUGGCCGAGGACGAAGAUGAGGUCAACGAGGGCCGAAGGGACGGCGAUAUCCUGGGAGACGUGCAGGACGUCAAUAGGUGGAAUAAGAGGCGUCCGCUGAGACCAGAAGAUAGUAUCCCCUGGGAAGAGCAAUGGGAGACGGACCUGGAGGCGUUCCAGCCCGGGCAGGUGGGCAGGUGGGCAGGUUUACUGCAGCCUUUCGUAAAGUCUGACAAACAGCCGUAGAUGUCCCAAUUCUGCCAGUCCAUCCAAGUGCAUACAAACUGAGUGAAUGAUGUUGUUCUGUGUAACCACAAUCAGACAGGUAUGCUCUU